AUGAUUGCUCAGUCGUUUAUGACCACAGGUAAUCACCACCUGUUCGAGAAGCAUGUGCGAGACGCACUUGACCUGGAACAAGAGCUGGAUGUCGCCCAGAACUAG